GGAAGGCGUUCAGUCUUCAUCUUACUACUAGUGGUGUUUGAUAUCCUUAAUCUCAAUCAGUGUGCUUACUAUCUUAUCCCACGCCUCUCACGUAUACGGCUAUUGUUCGACUACCCCACCUGUGCCUGCCAGUCUAGCACGUCUACGGUCCGGGUGCACGUGUGAGUCAACAAAGCUUCGAUUCCCACAAUAUUGGAGACGGAGAUAACUAAAUGACUUCGUGAUCUGGCAGGUUGCCUUGAUCGCGUCUCUGGGCAGUUCGGCAAAGCCGAACAACAAUCACUCGGCUGAGCAGCCCGGAUUUUGCUGAGUACGAUUAUCGACAUAUACACGCUCCGGAGAACUUCCUGCCAGAAGGAGUUUCCCGGUCUCGUGGUCUCAGUAUAAGCCAUCAAAGUCUAUCUCGUACGAAAUCAGACCGCCAACACCAUGUCGGACCAUCCGACAGGACCCUUUGGGAGCUCUGGAGCUCAUCCAUAUCAGCUCCCGCCGCCACGUACGUCGGCACCUUUACAGCUCGGGACAGAUCCCUUCCUGCGGCAGCGCAAUCAGGCAGAAGGCCGCGAACCUAGCGAGCUAGCCUCUGGUCGCUCAAGUAUAUCUGGCUCACAGUCGGGGUCGAAGGAGCAGCUUCCUUCAGUGAGUCAGUUAUUGACACCAACUGCUCAUUCGAGCCGACCAUCGUCUCCGUAUCAUGCCCACCGAUUCGGGGUCUACACUCCUCCCACUGGUGGCACUGGCUCCCCGAUUCCUCUCCAACACAGCGAACAUUUACCGCGACCUAGUAUCCAUGAUAGUCCCCGGGCGUACCCUGAAAUGGCCGUCUCGCAGAGUCGGAGCCUGCCGCCACUGUCUCACAUUUCGACCAAUACUGGAUUUGGACGUGAAGGAUCCCUACACUCGCUCCAUACCAGUCCCGCAGGACCACCCGUUCACGCAGCGUCUUUCUCAUAUUCUGGCUUUAAGUCCCAGGAAAAGGAUCAUGCGGGAGAUUAUUCUCCUUCCGAGGCGAAUUCCGACAUCACUUCCGCUAAUCGAACCCGAGGAAGUAAUGUCCGGCCGCACGUUGUGGAUGAGAAGUACAUUGACGGGGAAGGAUUGUGUUAUAUCUAUGCAGACGGGUCACACUGCCCGAAGCUGAUCGACGGCGUACCAGUGAAUGCUAAUUGGGGGAUCACAAAAGCCGGCAAACCGAGAAAAAGACUUGCGCAAGCUUGCUUGACCUGCAGGGAGAAGAAAAUCAAAUGCCAGCCAAACUUGCCCAAAUGUGAUCAAUGCCAGAAGUCUGGGAGAGACUGCAGGUUCGAGAGCGCACCUCGUGGCCAUCGGGCAGCACUAAAAGCUUCACACCUCACGAACAAAUACGAUUCACAAGAGAGCUACCCUGCGGGCGCUUACAACCAUGGCGGUUCCCCUCAACUGUCAUACUCUACCAUGCGAGCAUCAGAGAGCUCGGUAUCGCUCCCCGGCACGAAUUCGCUAUCUCCCAAGUCCGAAGCUUCCAUAAUUACACCCUCGGCUUUGGAUACAACACAGAGUAUGAUGGAUUAUGAACAGCAAUAUCGACCAAAAGCGCAUAGCUUUGGCCGCGCUUCCUUGGGAGCCGAAGAUACACAUAUGGGCACAGCCGAUGCGACGGCAAUCGUGAUCCCAGAUUAUGUGGAAGUGUUGACAGAGAUGAAGGACAUGAACCCUCAGGAUCCACUCGUGAGCGACUGGAAUACAGACCCUUACGAGGCUGACCCGGAGCUUACCGUUCACUAUGUCGAAAGCUACUUCACCUACGUGAAUGAUCGGUUGUAUUACAUCUUUCCGCGAAAACGAUUCCUGUUGUGGCUGAGGUCGUGCCAUACAAAAUCACUGGAAGACAACAUGCUUCUCUACGCGAUGAUGGCUUUAGGAUCGGUUUUCUCCGAUCGUCCUGACAGGGGGAUGGCAAUGAGGAAAUACGCACGCACGGCUCGAUACGCAGUAGAGCAUGGUCGACAUAGUCUGUCUUUGCAACUUGCCCAAAGCCACAUCAUCAUGAGCAUGUGGUAUUAUGCAGUGGGCGCUCUGGUGAAGUCCUGGGAUGCGGCUGGAGCGGCUGUCCGUACGGUGUGUGGGCUCCGGUACAAUAUCGAAUCAGGGGGGGUUAUUGUGGAUCAAAACCGGGCUUGUGAGUAUGGACUGCACCCGCAGGCUUUGAUCGAGUGUCGCAGGCGAACAUUCUGGGUUGCUUUCAUCAAGGACCGUACAACCUGCAUCUAUGCCCCGUCGUCCGGUAUAAUCUCCUCUCAAUCCGCCUACCUUAGACUCCCUUGCCGCGAAGAAGUUUUUGAAGCACAGGAGUAUACCACGGUGCCCUACUUCCAGAGCUUCCUGAACCAACCUCCUUCUACAAACAAUGACCUUUCCGGUAUGAGCGCGAUGGCACUCCUCAUUGAGAUAAUGUCGCUGUGGGGCGAAGUAUCGGAUCAUGUCCUUCGGUUGUCGCUGGUUCCAACAGAUGUAUAUGGCAAGCACUUCGACGAAUUUUAUGCGACAGUGGCGCAACGGGCAGAGGAAUGGGUCGCGAGGAUUCCAGACCACCUGACUUUCACGGCUGUGAAUCUGGAGCGGAGCAUUCGGACCAAAAAAGCGGACGCAUUCAUGUCGAUACAUCUGGUUUAUCAUGCGACCUUGAUGAAGUCAAACAGACAUGCUCGCCACCGGAGCAUGCGUGUGGAGGCGAUCAGCCAGCAUAUCCAUGCAGCCCGGACCCAUGCGGCUGAUAUACUUCGCAUGGCCAAGGCUUUGGUUCGCUAUGCAUCUGAGUAUGAACCGACGCGGAUUCUCGUGGAACCAAGUUCGGCCAAGGGAGCGAUAUUGAACCCGUUCCUGGGCUAUGUGAUCUUGUCUGCGAUUGACGUGAUUAGUGCAGCUGGCCGCUUGGUCGAGCUGCGAGAAUGCAUUGCCCUAAUCCAGGGUGGGCUCGAGGCAAUCAAAGAGCUGACGCGGUUUUGGGGCAGUACCUUGGCGCUGGCGACAUUGAUACAAGAGCGACUCGAUUCGUUGACCGCGUGCUUGGAGAACCCGGCGCAAACCGAUGGCAAAGUUGUCUUCUUGACGAAUAGCGCAUCGUUGGAUAGUAAAGUCCGUAAUGUGCUGCAGAAGCAUUCGCAUUAUCCGACGGAUGAGGAUCUCAUGUACGGAGGGUUGCCGUAUGAAGGGUUGCUUAGUGCUCUUGGCGCUGGCGAGGUCCCUCUUUCGAACAGGGCGAUUCUCUGGGUCGGAGACGUUAAAAGCUGAUGGUUCUUACUUGGGGGACCAUCGAAAUUGCAUUUCAGAGGCAUGUAAUACCAUAGCAAGGCCGUUUUUUGAUUUCGAUUUACACAUCAUAUACCCGGGAGGCUUGUUUGGACUUUUGUCUGUUCUGGAUCAUGGAGGACUGACAGGUGUGGUCCUAUCUAUUGGACGAUUAUUACUGUACAUACAGAGACAUGAGCAU